AAUACAAUUUUCUCCGUUCAUCACUGCUUCACAGUGUGUUUUUCAGUUGCCUUGUCUAAUCAAUUUGUAUUUUUCAUCGCAAUUAUAUUACCAGUAGUUUAAAUCACUUCUACAAUGGCGACUGAAACAUUAGUUCCCCUGGAAUCUAAUCCAGAAGUGAUGAACAAAUUUCUCCAGAAAUUAGGAGUCCCCAGCAGUUGGAGUGUUGUUGAUGUGAUGGGAUUAGACCCUGAAAUGCUUUCCUGGGUGCCGCGUCCUGUUCUCUCGGUGAUGCUUCUUUUCCCUGUCUCUAAAGCUUAUGAAGAAUAUAAGCAAAAAGAAGAAAAUGAAAUUCUGUCAAAGGGCCAAGAAGUAGCUAGUGAUAUAUUUUACAUGAAGCAGAAUAUCAGCAAUGCUUGUGGCACAGUAGCUCUCGUACACAGUGUUGCUAACAAUACUGAUAAAAUUGAACUGGCAGAUGGAUAUAUGAAGAAAUUUCUCGAUGAAGCUAAGAAUUUGGAUGCCGCUGCCCGCGGCACUUUGCUUGAGAAGUCUGAAGGGAUCAUUAACGCUCACAAGGAGUUAGCUCAAGAGGGUCAAACUAACACUCCGAGUGCAGAAGAUCCAGUAAACCAUCAUUUCAUUACAUUCAUACAUAAGGAUGGAGUCUUGUAUGAAUUGGAUGGCCGUAAAGCUUUUCCAAUCAAUCACGGACCUACUACUGCAGAUACACUGUUGGAAAGUGCUGCUAAAAUCUGCAAGGAAUUUAUGGCUCGUGAUCCUGAAGAAGUGCGCUUCACCGUCAUUGCAUUGGCUGCAUCCGACUAAACAUAAAAUGUGACUGAUACAGCAAGUCUAUCCUGGUGCAGCAACAUAUUAUAUUCAAUGUGCUUUUAAUGCUUUGGAUAUUCAAGCUUCAUUAUUAUUUAAUUUAAACCUAAUUUAUAUUUGAUACUUGUAAUAAGCUAUGCAGAGCAAGCUUUUGUGAUAUUAAUAAAGGCAUUUGAUACUUUGAAA